UAUGCUAUAUAAUAUUAUCUCUGAAAGUGAACAUGAAUGCCGACUUGUGCUCGAGGAAAUAAUUAAUUAUAUAACUGAUAAUAAAUUAAACAAUGACUUAUUUAAUUAUUCGAAAAGACGGCAAUUCACUUCAGCAAAUUCGGGAUCGUCAGAUAUCCCUAUUAUUGCUGAGAGUGAUACAGAGACACCAGAAUACCAAAACAAUAUAUAUAAAUAUAGAAAUCUAAGUAAUUCCUCUAGCAGCUCAGAAUACCUAGACAGUGAUGAAGAUAACUUGAAUGAAAUAAAUUGUGUUAGGAAAAUAAAACAAUUGCCACAAAGUGAUGAUAUUUUAGAAAUAGGUUAUGAACCAGUUUCAGAAGAUCUGUUUGAGGAAAUGCGGAGGGAUUUCAACAAGAUUUUAAAGGAGGUAUAUACCGAACCCUUACCUAAAGAUGCUUUAAGUUCUGAUAUACAUUUAAUGCAAUUUGGGCGCGUGCAUUCAUUUGUAGGUGAUAACACGGUAGUUGUAUCUUCGAUGAUCGAUAAACCAGCUUUAGGCGAAGGCUCUGUCCUCUUCAACUCUCAUAGACAACCCUUAGGGCCUAUUCUAGAAAUCUUUGGGCCAGUCACAUCCCCAUUGUACGUUGUUAUACUCGGGCAAACGGUAUCUUCAAAAAUUUCGACGAUCGACGACUGCUUCGAAAAUGGAAAAACAGAUGGUGUUAAAAAUGAUGAUAAUAUGAUCGAUAUGAAAGAUGAAGUGAUAAUAUUGUCGGAUGAGGGGGCUAACAUUCUAUCAAAAGAUGUAACCACUCAUACAGACAUCUACGAUAAUGUUAAUAAUGAUGCUAAUAUAAUCGAUAUGAAAGAUGAAGUGAUAAUAUCGUCGGAUGAGGGGGCCAACAUUCCAUCAAAUGAUAUACCCUCUCAUAUAGACGAUAAUGCGGGUGAUCAAGUUUUAUUUCCAAUCUCCUGUGAUACACAUACAAUUAUGGAUAUCGACACUGAACCAGAGCAAAUUACUUAUAAACUUGGAGAAAUUAUAUAUUAUGCUCCAUUUAUUAAGGAAUAUACAAGAUUUUUGUUUCCCUCUCAAUUCUUAAAGAUUAAAGGAUCAGAUGCAUCAUGGAAAAAUGACAUCGAGCCUCCUGAUGAAUGUAAAGAUUUUUCUGACGAUGAACAAGAGAGAAGUUUUAAAAAAAAUUUACGCAAACCCCAAAUAAACAAAUCAUGCCAACAAGCACACCAAUUUCUCGCACGGAAUCCCACCAAUGAUAAGCAUUUGCCUAAUGCCUACCAAAACAACCAAAAAUUUAAAAAACGAAACAACAGACCAUCCACAAUUAGCGAUGAUUCUAUUAAUAAUCGCCAAGGAAUCGACGAUAUGAUAAAAACAUUAGUCAGGGGAGAACCUAUCAAAAAUGUCAGUAGCAAUUAUUCGGGUAUUAAUAGUGAAAAUUUGAAAAAUAAAAUGAAACAAGGCAUGGAAAAAUUUGUAAAAGCGGGGCGAAAUUCUGACGCCUUAAAUUUGAAUCUUUUAACUUUCGCCACUCAAUUACCUUAUAUGAUGCAACCUAUAUACGUUCCUUUUCCUGUACCAUCUUACCCCCCACAUCCCUUAAAUAAUGUUAUUACACAUAGUAAAAAGGAAAUGGUUAAUAAUGAUAUGCUCGCUGAAGAUAUUUUGCGUCACGAAAAUUAUGGAGAUGAAGGGCCACCUUGUUUAAAGAACGUACCUUUUGAAUAAUUUGAUUUUUAUUUUCUCUGAUAUAAACAGUAAUCAAUUUAUUAUAUAUAUGUAUACUAAUAUCACUUACCUAAGUUGUGCGGCAUUUUUCAAUCUCUAAUUAUUAAAUAAUAAAGUAAAUCAAUUAUAAAAAAUUUAAAUCGUAUGUUAAA